AUGAGCAGUGUUGGAUUAACCCACAACGUGUCCAUUGUAGGGUCGGGCGAGACCACCGUGGUCCUCAGCCAUGGUUACGGCACCGACCAAUCCGUGUGGAAGCUCCUCGUCCCGCACUUGAUGGACGACUACAAAGUCCUCCUCUACGACAAUAUGGGCGCGGGGACCACCAAUCCCGACCACUUCGAUUUCGAGCUCCCGUGCCACAUCAUCCAGAGCUCCAAGGACUAUAUGGUCCCAGUUGCGGUGGGGGAGUACCUGAGGAAGAACUUGGGAGGUCCGUCAGUUGUGGAGGUGAUGCCGACCGAGGGCCACCUGCCGCACCUCAGCGCGCCGGAGGUCACAAUCCCGGUGGUGCUCCGCCACAUAAGACAGGACAUCUCGGUUAAUUGGGUAAAGAUUUGA